UAGAACACUGACUCGCACUAGGACCCGGGGGAGUUUCGGAUGAUCAACCAGCGGCAACUGAGUCAAACUGUGAACUACAGCGGCCGCUCUGACUCACAGAGCUCGGCUGUGUCUGAGGCGAACACGUCUCAAAUGUUGAAAACUGUAACUUUUGAAUGAAACUACUAAGGGAUCAUCACCGGAGAUAAAGCGCACCGAGUUUCUCAACGAAAUGGACUCCACACGCCAAAGUGUUGUGAUGGAGCGACUCGUGAACGAGCUUGGCUCUCUGCUGAAGUUGCUGGACCACGAGACGGUCAGUCCUGCCACUGCUGACCAGGUUGCCUCCAUACGUAACAUCCUGGAAACGAUGCAGCUGUCAGGCAAUGGAUCAGACGUCUACAUGAACAGCUGUCUCUAUGGCAACGGCACCAGUUUUGUAGAGUCUCUGUUUGAGGGUUUUGACUGUGAUUUGCACAUGCUCAGUGCAUCUCCAGAAGAGCAAAAAGAGCACAAAGAGGAAGAGGAGAAGACUCAUCUCAAUCAAUCUACGCCCACUGACACGCCCCCUCCUGUGCCAACCACCCCCCUCCCUGAUGACUACUAUGAAGAGGCUGUUCCUCUAGAUCCUGGAUCCGCCCCUCAGUACUUCACCACCAACAUGAACACUUCCAGGAACUCUGUGGAGGAUGCCUACUAUGAAGAUGCAGACAAUAACUACCCCAUCACACGGAUUAAUGGGCCGCCCAAAAACUCCUACAAUGACUCUGAUGCUCUGAGCAGCUCAUAUGAGUCUUACGAGGAAGAAGAGGAAGAGGAGGCCAAAGGGCGAGAGCAGCGUCAGAGAUGGACGGCUGAGGAGAGUCCCGAUGCACCGGUUAAAGACUGCCGCAUCUGUGCCUUCCUAAUGCGAAAGAAACGCUUCGGCCAUUGGGCUAAACAGCUAGUCGUCGUAAGAGACAAUAAACUGCAGUGCUAUAAGAGCAUCAAAGAGAGCACUCCCCACACGGAGCUCCCGCUGAAUCUGUGUAACGUCAUAUACGUCCCAAAGGAAGGCCGGAAAAAGAGACAUGAAUUGCGCUUCUCGUUGCCUGGAGGCGAAGUUCUGGUCCUGGCUGUUCAGAGUAAAGAGCAGGCCCAGCGGUGGCUCAAGGUGGUGCAAGAUGUUGGAAGCCAAUGUAGCAACACUGAAGGAUCCACGUCUCCCAUCAUACAGAGGAAGUUGGAGCUUGACAAGGUCCUGCAGUUAGACCGACAGGCAUCAGACUCAGACAGCGGGCCAACAGCAGAAAACCAGUCCACUGCACAGGGACCAGUACGGGAAACCAGUGACUCACUGAACAGGGGGAAGCGCGGAGCGUUCUCAGAGCUGACGGGGUCAAUGAGCAGAGCAGCCGGGAAGAAAAUCAACCGGAUCAUCACUUUCUCCAAACGGAAACCCCCUCUACCAGGAGAUCCUCCCUCCUCUUCUGGUCACCAUGACAACCCACGAUGUGGCUUCCUCAGUGUUUGUCUGAGCGGCUCUUGGAAGGAGCAUUGGUGUGUUGUGCGAGGAGGAAACUUGUACCUGCAGAAGGAACCUGGAGACCGGCGGCCACCAGUCAUCGUGGUGCCGCUCAAAGGUGCAGAAGUGGUGACAGGUGGCCUCGGCCCCAAACAUCCCUUCUCCUUCUGCAUCCUGCAGGCCGGCAGUGAACUAGCAUCUUUAGAGGCCAGCUGCUCAGAGGAUCUCGGCCGCUGGCUGGGUGUGUUGUUCGCAGAGACCGGCAGCACCGCUCUCCCUGAAGAGCUGCACUAUGACUACAUCGACGUGGAUACACUCACCGACAUCCGGCACGCUGCGAGACACUCCUUCCUAUGGGCCACUACUACUGCUACGUCCUCCAGCAGCGCCUCGAUAGACUCCAGAACAUAUGAUGAUGUCUAUGAAAGUGUCGCGGAGGGGGAAUUUGAGAGCAGAGCUGGACAGGUGAGACGUCAUGCCUCCUUCUCCAGCAGGGGCUCUGAAAAAACUGAACAACAGGCAGCCGUCAAGAGACACGCCUCCAAUGUAAAUCAUUAUGGACGGUAUGGCAAGACGCGUGCAGAGGAGGACGCGAGGCGGUACCUGAAUCAGAAAGAGGAACUGGAGAAGCAAAAGGAGGAGCUCAGACAUGCACUGAUUUCCCUCCGCAGGGAGAAGAAGGAGGUGAAAGAGGAGAUGAAGAGUGUUACAGGUCAAAGUAUGGAACAGCGGUUAGCCAAGCUGGAGACGCUGUGUAAACAAAGAGAGGAGGAGAGGGUUGAAUUGGAGCUCAGGCUGACAGAGGUCAAAGAAAACCUGAAGAAAUCAUUGGCUAGAGGAGCCCUGGGUCCUCCCACUGACACCAAGAUCAGCAUCAAGGCACAGGGCAGUAAGGUGGAGAAGGUUUACAAUGAGACCGUGCCCAUCAACUCAGCAACUGAGCUUCGUAAACACCCACCGUCUCUUUACGCCUCCUCCAAGGGGAGCGUCAUGCAGAAGGCAAAGGAGUGGGAGUCAAAGAAGGGGACCUAGACUGAACAUAAAUGGUUCAACAGAUGGAUUCAUGGAGAGAGAAAAAAAACUGAGCUGUGAAUGGAGGAUGUGUUAAAAGAAGAAACAGUUGAAGAUAACUGACACUGGGAAGAAGAUGAGGAAGAGGAAGCAGAGGUAAAGGGGGAAGAGGACAGUCUUUGACACAAUCUUUUCCUCCUCUUACCUACCAAGAAAAAGAGGGACCUUUUGCAAGUAGAGGCAGCACGGUUCUGUCUCAGCCACUGUAAAUAUGAGACUUUACUGGUGUUCCAGUACAGUAUGAAUGUGAGUCACUAUGAACAGUAUAGUUUGUAUGUGUGUUUACAUUUGCACAGGGCUGCAGAAAGUGAAAAUGUGAUUAUUAUAUAGAAAUGUAUCACAAAGGGAGAGUGUGGUUCAUGAACACUGUGAGUUCAGAGUUACAUGCAACACUUCCACUGAUUUUAUUCCUUUUAACAGGAUAUUUGUCAAUGUAAAAUGAAAAACUAAAGUAAAGAAAUGAAUAUUACAUUAAGUUAUCUUUAUUAAUAAGAGAAGUAUCCCACAUUUUUUCAGGUGUAUUUAAACCAUUAGGAAAGCAUAUCGAGUAUGACACUGUUCCUGAAACAAAUGAGUAAAUGUUUAUUAUUGCAAUGUGAACUAUUGGUUUUUAACCAUUAUAUGUGUAUUUUUUUGCCUUAUGCACUUUAUCUUGUUGUAUUUUGUGAUAACAUAAAUGUCUUGGAAGUUAGCCUGAGAGCCCCACUUUGGAAUUGUGAGGAUAAAUGCUUGUGUCUGCUCUCCCUGAUCAUCACAGCGACAUGAACAAACACACAUGUUGGAGUAAAUGAUAACUUUAUCAAGACAUGUUGUCUACUGGACUGUUUCUUUGAAUGUAGUUCCUCUGAAUCACAACUAUGAACUAUGAACGCCAUCUAGUGGUGAAAUAGGGUUUAAGCACUUGUUUGAACAUUGUUAGGGUAAUUACCAGUUUGUACUUAUUGACAAUGAUCCGAUGUUACAAAAAUUGCAUAGGUCUAUUUUUCUUUUGUGUUCAUAGAGCGAGUUUAUAAUCGUCAUCCACAGUAAAUGGCAGCCCUGUAUUGUUUUUUUUAAGUGGGCAGCUCCUCAACCUGUGCCAGAAAAGGUUCUGGCACUGCAUUGUGGGAAGAAAAAAACAAACCACUUAAAAAAGAGCCGAAACAGUUUUUUUGUGGUUAUGGAAAUAAGUUUAUGUAAUAUGUUGUUUGCAUGCAAAAACGUUACAUAGGUGUAAUUAUUUAGGAAGUGUUUAUUUUCUUAAUUGAAUGGUGCAGCGCCGUUGACAGGAAAUGCGUGUGUUGUUACUUGCACCUUUAAUAGCCUACAGGUGUGCUCCUCCCGUUUAGUCUGACGAACGCGGGAUAGCAUUUUUAAACCAUUUUUCAAAGCAAGAUAUAACUAUUGACUGUAUUUUUAACUGUUUUUGAUUGUAACUGUUUUCCUUACAUAAAUGUUUUUACUUUUGGACUUUCAAACGAUGCGGAGUAAUUCGAAUUGUUUGAAUCCUGCGAGUCAGAAAUAAACCUCCACAGCCAGCACCCUAAUUAAAAAGACCUACUCAAUAUGAAGGAGCUUAAUCACGAUCAUUGAAUUCUUCGUUUGGAAGGGAUUGAGUUUUGAUCCUGAAAUAUGUUUUUUUGUUGGCUCGGAUACAGCUCUGGUGGAUGAACGUAAGUAUAUAUUUUAGUAUACUUAACCAGUGUCAACACGUUACAUCCUCCAAACCUUGUUACACCUCCUGAUGUAUCAAAAGGGAGAACAGUUCUUCUGCAUCGAUCUUUGUGGGUUGAAACACAAUCACACUAGAAAAAAAAUAAAG